CAGCUGCGCGUGCGCGACCUCUGGCAGGGGCUGUGUGGGCGCCGCGGGCCCGGAAGCUCGGCGGCUCGGCUGCCGCCGCCCGCGCUGACUAGGAGCAGCGGCGCCGGUGUCCCGGCGGAACCUGCACUUGAAUCGAGAGCCAUGUGGUCAGCUGAUGAAAUCGCUGGGUUAUGCUACCUGCAUUAUAAGACCAGACUUCCUAAGCAGGGGAAACCAGAUCCAAACAGGGAAUGGACUUCCCUGGCAGCUGUUGUCAAAGUGGAAUCUGGAGCCCAAAGAGGGGCUCUUGAUAGUCCAGGAAACUUUCAGGUAAGUAAGGAAGUUGUUGCUAUGGGAACUGGAACAAAAUGUAUUGGCCAAAACACAAUGCGAAAAACUGGAGACAUUCUGAAUGACAGCCAUGCUGAAGUUGUGGCCAAGAGGAGCUUCCAGAGGUAUCUUCUCCAUCAGUUGUGGCUUGCAGCUUCCCAUCAGCAAUGUAUCUUUAGCCCAGGAACUGAAACUGGGAAAUGGAAACUCAAACCAAAUAUUAUAUUUAUUUUCUUCUCCAGUCAUACCCCAUGUGGAGAUGCUUCUAUUUUUCCAAUCAGUGAACCAGAGAACCAGCUUUCUAAGCCAGUGACUGGAGGUCAUGCAGCUGGACAAUCAGCAGAAUGUAGAAGAAACCAUAAUCACUUGUGUCCAGAAGAUAAAAGGAAAUCAGAGAAGAUGGCAAGUAAUCAUAUAAUCAAGAGAAUGAAAACUGAUGAUGGUGAUUGUUUUUCCAUAAUCACUGAAGACCUGGCCGUUCAGCAUGAAUCUGUGAAACGAGAAGACAACACAAAUCAAAAGAGCUGUGAAUGUUCUGCAGAGAUGCAAGCCACUAAUAAGGAUACUGGCUUAGUGAGACCAAAGGUAGUAGAUGUUCACAGAACCGGAGCAAAAUGUGUUCCUGGAGAGCUGGAUGAUGCCCGAAUACCUGGACUGGGAUACCACUGUGUGGGAUUAUUACGGGUGAAGCCAGGUCGAGGAGACAGAACAUGCUCUAUGUCCUGCAGUGAUAAACUGGCUCGCUGGAAUGUGUUAGGGUGUCAAGGAGCUCUUCUGAUGCAUUUUCUGCAGUAUCCGGUGUAUCUGUCAGCAGUUAUAGUGGGGAAGUGUCCAUAUAGCCAAGAAGCUAUGCGGAGAGCAGUUAUUGAAAGGUGUCAGCACAUCUCACCUUUACCAGAUGGUUUUCUCACUCAGGAGGUUAAGCUGCUGCAAUCAGAACUUCAAUUUGAACAUAGCCGUCAAUCAGUUCAGCGAGUUCAAACUAACAGCAAAACAAAACUUGUUCCUUGUAGUGCAGCUAUCAGUUGGAGUGCAGUCCCUGAGCAACCUCUGGAUGUCACGUCAGACGGCUUCCGCCAGGGAACAACCAAGAAGUGGAUUGGGAGCCAUCAGAGCAGAUCCAAAAUCUGUAAAGUGGAACUCUUCCAUAAAUUCCAAAAGCUGUUGACAAGUAUUUCACAAGAGGAUCUACCAGAGACUCUACGGAUGAAGACACUAAAAACCUACUGGGACUACAAGCAAGCUGCAUUAAAUUAUCAAGAAGCCUGGAGAGUGCUACGUAGCCAAGCUCUGCUGGGUUGGAUCAAGAAUUCCAAGGAAUACCUGCACUUCACAUGACAAUCCAUGGGAUUCUGUGAAUCCAGUAAUAAGCUGUGGUCCACAGCAGAUACCUCUGCAGUUCAAGGGCCCUCUAAUUUAUGUGCUGUAAAGAGACAAGACUGAAAAGGAAAACAAUUUAGAGAAUACUUUUAUUUUUAUUGAGUUGAAGCCCCCAUUUUAUUGAAAUGUAGAAAAGGAUCGUUGCUGGCUUAAAAUUUUGAGCUGCGUGAAACAAUAUGCCUCCAAAAGAAAGGAAGCAGUGAUGUGCUAUCCUAGUAUCUGAGGAUAUGAUCUAUCAGCCAUAGUCAUUGCAGCGAAAAUAAUGUCAACUGAAAUUGAAGCAGUACUAUGGAAAGUUUUAGUGCUGCUUUUUUCUUCCACUUCUUAUAAUUUUGUGGUUGUUGCUGGGACAACCUUCAUGUAUAGUAAGUAAUACUUUUGUAACUCUGAGCUCUUCUUGUCUGGUAGAAUUUUCUGUGUUCCCCAGCCCCUUUGCUUCUAACUGGAAAAACUAGUUCUGUAAAGUGCCUUUUUUUUUUUUCUGGGAAUUCUUCAUAUAUGCUGCUAUUUACUAAACAUAGCCACAGAUAUCACCACAGUAGAAGCAAAUUAUAUCCUUAUGAUAUCCUGUGCAUCUUAGUUUCAGUAUGUUGCCAGAUAAUCUUUAAACUGCUUUGCUUCUGUAGGCAGGAAAGAAAAUUCCUGAACGAUUUGGUUCAAAUUGGCCAAUCCUGUGCAAUUACAGGCAAACGUUUACCUGUUUUUCAGUGUUUAGAGCUCUAUGUCCAUCUCCACACCCCCCUGUGGAAAAUGGUGAGUUAAAAGCAGAAAUGCCUCAGCCA